CGCCUCCCUCGCCCUCCGGGAGAGAUGGAGCAAGUGAGGCCAGGCAAUGCCGCUUUGCACUGUCGCAGGCGGGGCGCCCAGGCUGCACGUCCGCCCGGGCUGUGGGAGGAUAGCGCCGCGCGUUGCGUUUGGAAGUUUGUGCCUCGCCGCACACCGUGCCAGCCGACGCGCUGGGCUCCACGUUGGCUACGCAGGCGCAGUGGUCGCGGCUGCCCGUGCCCCGCGGAGGGGGUCCGAGGGCGGAGCGGCGGCGGCUCCGCGGGCCGGGGCGGGGGGAGAUCUGUUCCGCCGCCCCCUGGGCGCCCCUUGCCGCCUGACCAGCGGGCCCGGGAGCCGUGCCCUCAUCCCCUUCUCCCUCCCGCCACCAUGUUCAAGAAACUGAAGCAGAAGAUUGGCGAGGAGCAGAUGCAGCCGCGCGGAGCGGGUGGACGUGCGAGCUCCCUCCCACCGCAGGUCCCUUCCAGAUCACCUCCAUCAACUGGCAACAGAAUCAGGACAUCUUCAUUUACAGAUCAGAAUCAUGAAGGCACUUUAACACCAGACAAAGAGCUGUUAGCCGGGAUGAUAGCAGAACCUGCUUUUCUCUCUGAGUAUACUAUCUUUGCUUUGGAUCCCACCAAACAACCUAAGCCACAGAGUGAUGGUGUGAACUUGAAUAAACAACCACUUCCUGGGUCCACAGAAAACAAUGGAAGUGAAUCUAUCUCUCCACAGCAAAGUGACAGUCAGUCUUUUGCCCAGAGGCUUCAGCUUCGAGUUCCCUCCAUGGAGUCUUUGUUUCGAAGCCCGGUAAAAGAGACCCUAUUUCGCUCUUCCUCUAAAGAGUCCCUAGUCCGAAGUUCUUCAAGAGACUCACUGAAUCGACUGGACUUGGAAGCUCUCAGUCCUACCUUUGAUUCACCUUCUGACAUUGAAAGUGAAACUGAAGAGCCUCUGGGAAAUAUGGACACCUUCAGCAAAGAGCAGUUGCUGCAGCGUCUGCGUAGAAUGGAGCGCAGUUUAGGCAACUAUAGGGGAAAAUACUCAGAGCUAGUGUCUGCUUAUCAAGUUACCCAGCGGGAAAAGAAGAAGCUGCAGAGCAUUCUGAGUCAAAGCCAGGAUAAAGCACUUCGCAGAAUUGGAGAACUGAGAGAGGAGCUCCAGAUGGAUCAACAAGCUAAGAAACAUCUCCAAGAGGAAUUUGAUGCUUCCUUAGAAGAAAAGGAUCAACUUAUUAAUGUCCUGCAAACUCAGGUGUCAUUGCUGAAACAGAGAUUACAGAAUGGUCAGAUAGACACUGAAUUGCCUGAUCAAAAUGUCCAAUCAGAACCACAAGUUCGAAGUCCAAUGAAAGAAGUCAGUGCAGAAAAUAUUGUGGAACCAGGAAGCAACGAGGAUAAUGAAGAUUCUGUUAAAACACUGGAAACUCUUAAUCGGAGGGUGAAGCGCCAAGAGAACUUGCUGCAACGUUGUAAGGAGACUAUUCGGUCACAUAAGGAGUCCUGUGCCCAACUGACCAAUGAGAAAGAGGCACUUCAAGAACAGCUGGAAGAGAGGCUUCAGGAACUGGAGAAAAUGAAGGACCUUCACAUGGCUGAGAAGACUAAACUGAUUACACAGCUACGUGAUGCAAAGAAUUUGAUUGAACAGCUGGAACAAGACAAGGGCAUGGUAAUUGCAGAGACAAAGCGGCAAAUGCAUGAGACAUUGGAAAUGAAGGAGGAGGAGGUAGCCCAACUGCGUGCUCGAAUCAAACAAAUAACUACAAAAGGCGAGGAAUUAAAAGAGCAGAAAGAAAAAUCUGAGAGAGCUGCUUUUGAAGAGCUUGAGAAGGCUAUAAGUAUUGCCCAAAAGACAGAGGAAGCCCGUAAAAAACUGCAAAUAGAAAUGGAAGAAAAAAUUAAAGCAGUAGAAAAGGCAAGUGAAGAAGAGAGAGUAAAUCUUCAGCGUGAACUAACCAGAGUGAAACAAGAGGUGGUUGAGAUUAUGAAGAAAUCUUCAGAGGAACGAGUUGCUGAACUAGAAAAAAUCCAUAAAAAAGAACUGGCUGCCAAAGAUCAGGAGUUAAAUGAGAGAUUACAGGCUCAAGAAAAGGUAUUCCAGGAGAAGAUGAAGGCAGCUCUUGAAAAAAAUCAGAGUGAGUGCUUAAAAGUCCUUCAAGAGCAAGAACAGCAAGAAUCCCUAGCCUUAGAAGAAUUAGAGCUGCAGAAGAAAGCCAUACAGUCUGAGUGUGACAAGAAAGUUGAGAAAAUGCAUCAAGAGUUAGAGACUUGUAGAACUAGGAUUCUUGAACUGGAAAGUUCUCUUGCAAAGUACUUGCAAGAUGACAGAAAGCAAUCAGAGGAAUUAAAUACUGUCAUAGAGUCUGAAAAAACCCAACACAGUAAGGAAAUCAACGAUAUGGUUGAAAAACACAAUAAAGAACUGGAGAAUGUGAAACAGCAGCAAGAAAAGCUUUGGACAGAAAAACUUGAAAUUUUAAAGCAACAACAAAUAACUGAAAUAGAAAAAAUAAGAGAGAAACAACAAGAAGAGAUACAAACCAUUUUGAAAGAGAAAGAAACAAUUUUCUGUGCGCACAUAGAAGAGAUGAAUGAAAAAACAUUAGAAAAACUAGAUGUGAAACAAACAGAAUUAGAGGCACUGUCUUCUGAGCUCUCAGAAGCACUAAAAAUACGUCAUGAUUUAGAGCAAGAGCUCUCCGAAUUAAAUAGUAAAGUGUGUGAAGCUAAGCAAGAAUUGAAAGGAAAGUUGGAGGAAGAGAGGAAAUGGCACAAUGAAGUGAUUGAAACAAUGGUAAAAGAGCAUGAAAUGUCUAUUCAAGGUGUUGAGAAGGUACUCAAAGAGGAACUCGACAAGCUCAAACAAUCCCUGGAGGAGAAGGACAGACAUUUGGAGGAGUUAAAAGCACAUGAACAGAAAAUGAAGGAAUCUGCAGAAAGAUCUGAAGCUGAGCUUGUCCAAGUGUCUGCAAAGCUAGAGGAGCAAAGAAGUGAAAAUAUACAGAAAGUAACCACUCUAACACAGCAGUAUGAAUGUCAACUGAAGGACCUAGAAAGAAAGGCUGAUGAGAUGAAGAGAAAUCUGAGUGAGAAGGAAAAUGAAAUGGAGCACAUGAAGAAGUUACAGAACAAGCAAGUGGAAGAGCUUGAACAGAAACUGUUUGCUGCAGAGGAGAGAAUUAGUGCUUUACAAGGAGAGUAUGAAAGUAAACUUAAAUGUCAGGAGAAGAAAGUGGAGAAAAUGAAACAGAAAUCAAAAGAUAUGCAGGAAACUUUCAAAAAUAAACUUGCUGAGCAAGAAGCUAAACUAAAAAAGGAGCUUGAAAACAAGCAGUUGGAAUUCAGUCAGAAGGAGAGUGAAUUCAAUACUAAAAUUUUGGAAAUGGCACAUGCCAGCUCAUCUGGAAUCAAUGAUGCUGUGUCAAAACUGGAAUCUAAUCAGAAAGAGCAACUAGACAGUCUUGCUGAGGACCACAUAAGGAAAUUGGAAGAAGUAACCCAGAGUUGGGAAAAGAAAUUUAAUCAGCAGAUUGAAGAGCUCAAGGAACAACAUGCUAUGGAACUGCAAGUGAAAGAGCAGGAAGUUGGAGACCUGAAACAGAAGCUUUUCACCUUCAGUGCUGAAAAGGAGGACUCCAGAACAGAAAUAAUCCAACUGAAGGAAGAACGAGUGAAAAGGGAGGAAUGCCUGAAGGAGUUGCAAGAACAGCUAAGGCAGUCAGUGGCUAAGGUGGGUGCUUUGUCAGAUAAGGAAAGUGACAUGAAGACACAGUUGGAAAAAAUGGAAAGUGAUCUUAAACAGUCCCUGAAACAGCAGACAGGACUUCAGGAACAACUCAGUAAACAGAAAGCCGUUGAAGAGAAGGACAAAGCCACAAUUACUGAGCUGGCUGAUACAGUGAGAACCCUUGAAGAAAAACUCCAAACUGUGCAAUCUUCUCAGUAUAAAGAUCAUGAAAAUUAUGACAAAAAAAUAGAGUCAAUUCGGCUAAAAGAAACUGAGUUUAAAAGGUUGUCAGGAGAACUUACAGCCCAGUUAGAUGCUUGGAAGAAUGCUGAAGCUUCAUUGCAAACUAAAGGCAAUGAAUUAAUUGAAAGAUGUAGUGAAAAAAUUGGCAUAAUAACAUGUAAAAUUGCAGACUGUGAGCACCAAACUGCAAAGAUUAAAGAAGCAAUAUUAAUCAAAACAAGUAAGAUAACUGAACUAGAAGCUCAGCUUAGGGAAAUAACAGAGCGUCAUUCUGCUGCUACUACUUCUUUGCAAGAGUCAAUUCAAGAACUGCAGAAGAAAGACAAUUUAAUUAUGUCUAUGAGAGCUGACAUUGCAGGACUUGAAGCAGAAAAUAAACAAUUGCAAAAAGAGGGAGGACAUCAGCAGCAAGCAGCAUCAGAGAAAGAAACUUGCAUAACACAGCUGAGGAAAGAGUUAUCUGAAAAUAUCAAUGCUGUCACAUCAAUGAGGGAAGAACUCCAGGAAAAACAAUCUGAAGUGUCUGCUCUCAACAAAACAGUUACUGACCUUAAUGUUAGACUUGAAAGCACAGUAAGUUUAACAGAGAAGGAAGCAGCCAUAUUUCUGUUAAGCAAACAACAUCAAGAGGAUCGGUUGCAGUUGUUAAAUCAAGUGGAAGAGUUAUCAUCCAGAGUUGAGAUGCUGAGUCAAGAAAAAGCAUCAGCUCUUGAUCAGAUAGAUCAUUGCACGGCCCAGUUGUCAGAGUGGAAGAUGAAAGCACAAACCAAGUUUACACAAAAUCAUGACACUAUCAAAGAUUUGCAGAGCAAACUUGAAUUAAGCAAUACUGAAGCCAGUAAGAAAGAUGAAGAGCUAAAUAAACUGAAGGAACAGCUGGCUAAACAAAGCAGGAAUCUUGAUAGUUUAAAAAGUGAAUUGGAACAAAAGCAAAACAGGAGGGAAAAGGAAGAAAGUGAGUUAACCUCAAAGUUAAAAAAACAAGCAGCAAAAAUUGCUGAACUAGAAAAAGACAUUGCUCAGAGAACCUUAGAAAAUGAUUCCUUGGUGGAGGAACUUAAAAAGUGUAAUGAACAAAAAAACACAGAAAAAAAAGAAAUAGCUUGCCAACUCCAUCAGGCAGAGAAGGUGGCUUUUGAAAAGGAGAAUAGAUUUAAGAAGGCUGAAGAAAAAGUGCUUAAUCUUGAGAAGCAAAUAGAUUCACUGAAAGCUGAUUUUGAAGCAAAGGAGAAGGAAUUUGAUCAAAUGAAGUCAGCGAUACUUAAAAGGAAAGAGGAAGAACUGAAAGAAUUAGAAGAGAGACUGAAUGCAGAGAACAGCACUAAGCUGGCUGAUCUGAAAAAGAAGGCAGAGCAAAAAAUAGGUUCUAUUAGAAAGCAGUUGCUGUCUCAGAUGGAAGAAAAGGAACAGCAAUUUAAGCAAGAUAGGGAAGAUCAGUUAAGAACGUUGGAGCAGAAGGUACAGGAGAGAGAAGCCAAAAUUGAGUCCUUGGAAGAAAAACUUAAGUCAACAAGAGAUUCCACAGAAUUAGAGAAGGAGAUGCUGGAAAAAGUAGAGAGUGUAAAAGCUGCUGUAGAACAAGAAAAAAAUAAUUUACUUGAGAGUGUCCAACAGACAUACAAAGAGAAAAUGGAAGUGUUACAGAAGGACUUAACUGAAAAAGAUGCAUUAUUACAAAAGUAUGAGAAAGAACAACAAGAGAGUAAUGACUGUCAUCUAGAACUGCAAAAUAAACAGAAAGAACUCAUUAAAAAACUAGAAUGUGUUGAGAAGAGCCAUCAGGAAGAGCAGGUUAGGACCAAAAGUCUGAGCAAAGAACUUGAGGAGCAAACCAAAAAGUAUUCAUUGUUAGUGGAUGAGCAUGCUUGUUGUGGCAGUGUUUUAGCAAGCAGUAGAGAAGAAUUGAAAGUUAAGGAACAAAAAUAUCUUGAUAUGGAGAAUAUAAUUGGAGACUUACAGAAAAAAAUGCAGGAAAAGGAGGCAGUCAGUCAGUCUUUAGAACAGAAGAUAAAAGAGUUAGAAAAUAAUAUAGUGAAGAAAAAUGAAGUGCUUAAGAUUGAGAUGGAAGAUAUUACUUUAAGAUAUGAAGAAAAGGUAAAAUGUCUACAGCAGCAGUUGAGUGAAAAAAAUGACAGUCUGAAAGCUUUUGAGGAAAAUGCUGAAGAAAAGUCCAGAUCUGUUUUGGAGCUGCAGAAGUUAUUAGUGGAUAUGCAGAACCAGCAGAAGGAGUUACAGACUAAACUGGAAGAGACUGAAGGGGAGAAACAGAAGCUAUGCAAAGAGGUGAAUAAUCUUCAAAAAGACAUACGUACUCUGCGAAAGGAACAUCAGCAAGAGCUUGACAUAGUAAAGAAGGAGUCAUUAGAGGAAAUGGAGGAAAAAAUCAGAUGUGAACAAGAAGACAUUGAGUUAAAGCACAACUCCACCUUAAAGCAGUUAAUAAGAGAAUUCAAUACUCAGCUGGCUCAAAAAGAGAGAGAAUUGGAAACAGCAGUAAAAGAGACAAUCAGUAAAGCCCAGGAGGUAGAAAAUGAAUUGAUAGAAAAUCAUCACAUAGAGACAACACAGUUGCAUAAAAAAAUUGUUGAAAAAGAUGAUGAUCUAAGAAGAACUGUGAAAAAAUAUGAAGAAAUCCUUGAGUCUCGUGAAGAAGAGAUGACAGCAAAAGUUCAUGAGUUGCAGGCACAGCUGGAAGACUUGCAGAAGGAAUACAAACAAAGGAUUGCAGAAGAGGAACAUUGCAACAGUGAAAAAGUCACAAUAACAGAACUAAAGGCACAACUUGCACAGAAGACAACACUAGUCAAUGAUUCAAAACUGAAGGAGCAGGAAUUGAAAGAGCAGAUUCAUGUACUGGAAGACCGGCUGAAACAUUAUGAGAAAAAUAUGUAUGUCACAUCAGCUCGAACACCAUAUAGAGAUGGAAACCUUCACCAUACUGACGUUUCCCUAUUUGAGGAACCCACUGAGUUUGAAUACUUGAGGAAAGUGCUCUUUGAAUAUAUGAUGGGUCGUGAGACAAAGACGAUGGCCAAGGUUAUAACAACAGUGCUGAAGUUCCCAGCAGAUCAGACUCAGAAGAUACUAGAACGAGAAGAUGCUCGACCAGUGUUUGCCUCACCUCGCAGUGGUAUCUUUUGAAUAUGCCACCAGUCUGUGCUUAGCUAGCGUGUGGUUGUGGCUACGACCAUCUUGAAGAUUUUGUGAUGGGAGUGUCUCAUGACAUUGCUGCUUAAAAAUAAGUUUAUAUCUCUGCUGCCUCUUGAGAAGGGACAAGAAGAAAAGCUAUUAUUCAAGGUCACAAACAGAACAGCAAGAACCAAAACUCACCACCACCUUUGGACUGUGAAUAUAAUCUACUGCCUUGGCAGAAAUGCUAAUCAGGGGUUAUUUGGUUAUUUCUCUUCUAUUGAAUACUGUCUUCUAUUUUGUGUUAAAGGUUAUUUUUUUAAAGGAGAGAAAAGACUUUAUCAUAGGAAAGAAUUGCCUGCUACUGUAUCUCUAUACAGGUUUUAAUGAGUGUUUUCUAAAGUUGAAAUAAAUGAUUUGUUUCUUCUAUUUAUUUUUUUUUAUUUUUGAUUGAAUUGUGCAAUACAUUUUGGAUGGAUAGCAAUUGAAGUGAUUUUUCUGAUGAACUAGACACUCUUGUUGACUAUUUUCUCCUGAUUUGAUCUUGAUUGUUUGCUAGAAGGUCACUUCUAUAUGCUUUUGCCUACAAUAAAUCCAAAUUGCAGUACCUCGUUUGUUUACUCCUAGCUUUUGUACUUAUAUUUUCUAAAGAAAAGGUGUGUUCCUGUAAAUUGUAAAUAGUUACUACAUAACUAUAACUGUAUCAUAUGCUGAUUUGUGACUGUUGACAGCACGAAUAUGAAUAGAGCUGAGAUGAAAUAAAGUUUAUUUACUGUAUAAUUUUGGAACAA